AUGGCUCUGAUGGAGCCGGCUUCCUGCGAGGUGUAUGGCAAUUUGUGCUCUCAUCUCGCUGCGACUUUGCCUGAUCUGAGUGAUGAAAAUUGCAAAAUUACGUUUAGGAAAUUACUCGUGAACAUGUGUCAAGAAGAGUUUGAGAGACGAGAAAGAGAGAAGGAAGAAGCUGAAAAAGGUAUAGCAGAGGAUUCAGUGAAGUCAAGAAACGCGAGAUGGAGAAGAUUUUUGGGUAAUGUCAGGUUUAUAGGAGAAUUAUACAAGAAGAGAUUGUUGACUGAGAGAAUAAUGCAUGAGUGCGUAAAGAAAUUGUUGUGUCAGUAUCAAAAUCCGGAUGAGGAAGACAUUGAAGCUCUGUGCACAUUGAUGAUCACAGUCGGAGAAAUGAUUGAUCAUCCAAAAGCAAGAGAGUAUAUUGAUUCCUAUUUCAAUGUGAUGGACAAAUUAUCAAACAACAUGAAGUUGUCUUCUACAGUGAGGUGUUUGCUAAAGGGCACCAUUGAUUUGAGAAAUAAUAAGUGGCAGCAGAGGACAUUUGAAGGUCCAAAAAGCAUUGAGGAGGCGCAAGCUACUAGAAGGAGGAGGCAGCAAUAUUCUAGUUUUCGUCCUAGAUUGCCGAAUAUGUUAGCUUCCCCAAGCUCUCAGAUGGGUAGUUCCCGUUCUGUGCUAAAACUCCGGGGUGGUGAUCAAGGUGUCUGGAUGGAAGAGAAACAUAUUCUGGAUGAUAGAUCAUUUGUUGUUCCUCCAACUCGGAGACCCCUUGGUGAUGAAGCCACAUUUUCCGAACCCAAAAAGGAGUGGCCUAAAGAACGAUUGAGAGAUAUCGCCAAAGAUGAAAAUGAAGUUGCUUUGUGUAUCAAGGAGUUGAAUAACGCGAGCUUCUACCCGUCAAUGAUAUCUCUUUGGGUCGCGGAUUCUUUUGAGAGGAAUGACAUGGAGAGGGAUCUCUUAACGAAGCUUCUAAUCAAGCUUACAGAAUCUCGGUAUGACAUUGUAAUAAGUCGAGAUCAGCUCAUGAAAGGGUUCAACACUGUACUGAUAACAUUGGAAGAUGCAAUUAUCGAUGCUCCAAAGGCUGCACAAUUUCUCGGGCAUAUGUUUGCUAGAGUUAUCCUCGAGAAUGUUAUAUCCCUUUAUGAGAUUGAACGCUUACUGUACGAAGGUGGAGAGAAGCCAGGGUGUCUUGUAGAAACCGGACUUGCAGCCGAAGUUCUGGGAACAACAUUGGAAACAAUUGCAUCUCAAAGAGGUGAUUCUGGAUUGAGAGAGUUUCUGUCAAAUUCCGAUGUUAGAUUGGAAUCAUUCAGGCCUCCAGGUUCCAACAAAUCAUGGAGACUGAGUAAGUUUAUUUGA